GUGUUGAUGUGAGGCGCUAAUGGAUAAUUAUUUAUUAUAUUUACAAUAUGGCUGAGAAAUUUAAUGGCUUUAGCCACGACGAGAUACUAAAAAUAACAGGAGCGAAGCAGGGCAAUAGACUUAAUAUCGAUGCAGCAAAGAAGGCGCUCAUAAACCAGCCCGGUAUCAAGCGGAUGCCGGAUAAGAUCUUCCGGCAGGCGGAUCAAUUGCGAAAGCAGCAGCAGCUAGCGCAGCAGAAGCCUCAACAAGUUGCCGCCGUCCAGGCCAAAUCGAGAACAACCACGCCCACAGAAGCGGAACCAAAAGCAGCGCCAACUCCCACGCCAAGCGAUGGCGACAAAAACGAAGAAGAAUCUCUCAACUUGGAGCGUGGCUUGUCUGACUCACUGGUCGAGGCGCUUUACUGUGGCUCCGUGAAAACGGCGUCAACAAACGGGAAAUCUACGCCCGCCACGGGAUCUGCCACGUAUGCAGCAGCUGGCGACAGCGAGCAGACGGAUGACAGCUCAAUUCUGAAGAUAAGCAGCACGGACGAUAAUGCCAGCAUACUGCCCAGCACCAAAGAUUCAACGGACGACAGGCUCAGCACGGACUCGCCCUUCAAGGGCAUUUCGCUCAAGGACUUCGAGCAGCAUCGCAAACUGAUCCAGGAGCAGAACAAGCAAAAGAAACAAUUGCUCUACCAGGCCAUCGAGCAGCAUACGCAAAAAACUGCAGCGGAAUCGCGCAAAAUCGAAGAGAUACGCCACGAACUCUCCAAGCUGGAAAGCGAUCUUGCCGUGGAUGUUGCUCUGCUGCGCAAACAGAUUGACAAUGCUUGCAUUCACUUCGCAAAUGUGGAAAAACAGUAUAUAAGAAUCGAGGCUCAAUUUCUAAAGGCAAAAAUGGAUCUGCACAAUGCAUCCGAGAAGAAGGAGCUGCUCACGGAACACCUGUGCACGGUUAUAGCCCACAAUGAGGAUCGCAAGGCGCAGAAGCUGACGGAAUUGAUGCAAAAGGUGGGCCUGGCGCCAACUGAUGACGAGCCAGCUCCAGAAGAUAAAUGAAUAUAGCGAAUUUUUACGAAUCUUUGCACAGAACAAAGCUUGUUUAGAUAUUAACAUUGAUAUUAGCGUGUGCAUGUUUAGAAAUAUAUAUUAAGUUUUCUAGUUUUAAGCAGAAAGUGCAAAUUUCAAUA